UAAGGGUCUAGGGUUUUCAAUUCCAAGUGUCUUAUAUGUCUCUGACAGUGCUUAUCAUCAUCAUCAUCAUCAUCAACUUUUUAUUCUCUCUUAAAAAAGAAUUUCCAAGCCUUCUUUUUUCUUUUUCUUGUGUGAGGAAUUGAAGACAGCUAAGAAAAGAUGAAUAGAAGUGAUAGUUUUCAAGGUUCCAAGUCAAUUUAUUCUCACAAGAAAGUCGGCGAAGAUGGUGGUGAUGAUGAGGAGGGGGAGGAGGAAGUGGACAAAAGUUGCGGCUGCGGACCAAGAAAUGGAGGAGACACCACAAGCAAUAAUAAUAGCUCAGAUGAAGAGAAUGAAAAGAAGGAAAGAGAAGCUACCAGAUCUGUCCGGCAAUAUAUUCGUUCGAAGAUGCCAAGACUCCGGUGGACGCCUGAUCUCCAUCUUUGUUUUGUUCAUGCAGUUGAAAGACUUGGAGGGCAAGAGAGAGCAACGCCAAAGUUGGUUCUUCAAUUGAUGAACAUCAAAGGCCUAAGCAUAGCUCAUGUGAAGAGCCAUCUUCAGAUGUAUAGAAGCAAGAAGAUUGAUGAUGCAAAUCAAGGGCAAGGGCUUUUAUUUGAAGGAGGUGCUCACAAUAUCUUCAAACUUCGCCAGCUUCCUAUGCUACAAGGUUUCAAUCAGAGGCCUUUUACCAAUUUAAGAUAUGGAGAUGCUUCUUGGAAAGGUCAUGAGCACCACCAGAUUUAUGGCCCUUACUUGGGAUCAUCAGGAGGAGCCCCACUCAAUAGAAGCAAACAUGAUGGUUCGGUUUCAGACAGAUUUCUUGGAUGCAAUAUCAGUCAUAAUUCACUUAAUUAUCAUUCCAAGUCCAAUAACAAUGGACAAACCACCAUCAGCAGAACUCAUGAUCAGUCCCUCGAAGGGCUUGUGUCGUUUCGCAGAUCCUGGCAGAUGGAAAGUAAAAGAAACUCGUUGGAUUUCAACUUGAUAACCAAAUUGCAAGAAAGAGGAACACAUGAAGGAGAAGAAGAAUGUUUCAGGAAUAAUAGCUCCAUUAACAAGACCUGGAGAACAAUUCAAGAAAUACAAAACAGGCUAAAAAGGAAGACUAUGGAUGCAGAUUGUUGCAACUUGGAUUUGAACUUAUCCCUGAAAGUAACAAAAAAAGAUGGAAUUGAGAAGGGUUUGCAGAGUGAUGUUAAUGAAGUUGAUAGUUGUUUAUCUCUUUGUUUAUCUUCAUCUUCGAAGCUUAUUGGGUUGAAGCAGGAAGAUGAACAAGGUGGAAGUAGGAAGCAUGCAAGAUGGGCAAGUACUCUAGAUCUGACUCUAUGAAUAACUAGAAAAAAUACAUUCUAAGUGAGAUCUUGAGGUACUUGUUGCUUAAUAUAUGAUCAUCUCAUAUUUGUACCAGAACAUUACUAGAGGUAAUUAUUAGUCAAUUAUAUACUUUUGAUCUUCU